AAAUGCGAGUUAGUGUAAUUUCUAAAUUACAUACAUUUUUCUCGCCGUAAUGCCCUAGCGUGAGGCAACCUUAAGACUUUAAUAAACUUGCAUCCUACCUACUUCACAUUUGUCAAUUUGUGUUUGUCCUAUAAUGUAAAGAUGUCAAAAUCAGCUGUGUAAGGGAAAAGUAAAAAACAUUAGAAUAAUUAAACCAAUUUUAUUAAAAAGUAAAAUUGGUAGGACAUCUUUUGCAAUGUAAACAUACGUCAAAAAAAUCUCAGCGAGAACUUUCAAUGGCUAAAAUUAUGAGAACUUUUGAAUAAUUGUAGGACCUUUUUUUUGCUUUAACUACCAAUACAUCUAAUUAUUAAUGUUUAGGCUGUUAAUUACAUGUUGGAUAUUUAUGAGAUAGAAGAUUGAUAAGUGUGAUAAAUAUUUAUUAGUUUUUCAUGUAUGAAUUCUGGUGAAAAAAGUGUUAGGAUAUGAUAAACAUAAAUGAUAUUUUCAACCAUAUUAAAGACAACACCUUUGACUACAUAGAUAUAGAUUACUCACUAUGGCUGACUUGGUGCUUAGCUCCACUUUUGGUAACCUUUCUUCUGCCUGCUGUAAUAGGCUUAUUGUUGUACAUAAGUGCUUUUACUCUUUAUGUGUACAAAUUGCACUGGAACCACUUACGAACAGUUAUUAUUGGUGGAGACAAAUGGGAAGCUGCCAGAAAAUGUGUAGCAGCUAUGUGGGAUGCUCAUGGUUGGAUAUGGCAUGGUUAUGAGAUACAAGGCCUAGAAAACCUGCCUGAAACUGGUCCAGCUUUAAUCAUUUACUAUCAUGGUGCAAUUCCUAUAGAUGUUUAUUAUUUUUUAGCUAAAAUCUACCUCACUAGAAAUAGGAUAGUUCAUACAGUGGCUGAUCAUUUUCUUUUUAAAAUCCCAGGUUUUUCCAUCCUCUCAGAAUGUAUGAAAGUAAUCCCAGGGACAGUGCAAUCAUGUUCUAAACUUCUAAAGGAAGGAAAUUAUUUAGCAAUUGCACCAGGGGGUGUUUUUGAAGCUCAGUUUAGUGUAAAUUAUAAUUUAAUGUGGAAAAGACGAUUGGGAUUUGCAAAAGUUGCCAUAGACUCAAAAGUGCCAGUUAUUCCAGUGUUUACUGAAAAUCUACGUGAAGCAUUUAGAACUUUAAGUGUGGGCCGAAGAUUUUUUUUGAAGUUGUACUCAUGGACGAAAUUUCCAUUUGCUCCUAUAUUUGGAGGAUUUCCUGUUAAAAUGGUCACUCAUAUAGGUGCACCGAUUUAUUAUGUACCUGAUUUGACUCCAGAAGCAUUACAAAGACAGGUUGCCCAGUCACUGGAAGAACUAAUUGAAACCCAUCAACGUUUACCGGGUAACAUCCUGCUGUCAAUAUUGGAAAGAGUACCAUAUUUUAGACAACGAUUUAAAAAGAACCGCAACUCAAGCCAUGUUGACUGAAAAAAAUCAUGCAAGGUUAACGAUUUGAUAAUAUGGCAAUUACAUAACGAUUUGAUCUCUUUUUGCCACAAUUACGUAUUUAUACUGUCGUAUUUUUUGAGGUCAAAAAUUACUCGUUUAUCAGGAUUAUGAUAAAAAAGUUACAUGAGCAUAUCCAUAUUACCAAUAUAACUUAUUAUAUAAAAUAGUUUAUGCUUUUUAAAAUGUCAGUGAUCUACUUUUUUAAAAAUCUAUUUUUGUGAUUCAAAUAUUUUGAUGUUUUAUUUAAUUAUAUUUGUGAACGGCCUAUUCACAUUCAGACUCGAUUCAGGUUAUUUUAUCAGUCUGAUUAAUGUUUCAUAUACGUGCUAUACACAUAUUUUUAUAUAG